CUUUUGGUGAAAUCACUCACUCGCCCAAAACACAACAGAUAAGAAUUAAGAUUAAACAGAGAGAGAGAGAGAGAGAGAGAGAGAGAGCUUGAGAGCUUGUGAAGCAACCAACAAUGGCAUCAACGACUCUGUCAUGGAGUUCCUCAACUUGGGUACAGAGCUUCAGUACUGGAAAAGUGUUUAAGGAGCCCACAAAGUUGUCAGAUAAAAGAGCUACCUUUCUCAUUUUGGCUCAAAAGAAAGCUAAGAAGACUCGAGCGAUAAUUUUGAAGGAGGAUGUAUCUGAGUUGGGGAAGAAAGGUCAACUACUUAAUGUCAAGGCUGGUUUUUACAGGAAUUAUCUUCUUCCCACUGGGAAAGCUCAGAUUGUUACUCCUGACUUGGUCAAGGAAAUGAAGAUGGAAGAGGAAAGAAUCGAAGCUGAGAAAAAGCGGGUAAAAGAAGAGGCAGAGCAGUUGGCGCUUAUUUUCGAAACUGUUGGAGCUUUCAAGGUGAAGCGCAAAGGUGGAAAAGGAAAGCAAAUAUUCGGAACUGUUACUGCUCAAGAUCUUGUGGAUAUCAUCAAAGCUCAACUUCAAAGGGACGUGGACAAGCGACUCGUUGCUCUUCCAGAGAUUCGGGAAACAGGAGAGUACGUUGCAGAAUUGAAGCUUCAUCCCGAAGUCACUGCUCGAGUGAGGGUGACUGUUUUCGCAAACUAAAAGGAUUUGUAGGGGGGGGGGGGGGGAGAGGAUUUGUUUGACUCGGGUUGAUCUAAAAGUAGAUGGACAUAUCUUAAUGAAGAUGCUUGACAAUUGAGAUUGCUGGUGUUUCACAAUUUGUUUUGUACACAAAUUUUCUUUAAUCUUUUUUCAUGUUAAAGUUAGUAAUAUGAGUAGUUUAUCAUGUUAAAAGUUGUGAUUUUGUGGAAAGAUUCAAGUGCUUUUACAUCAAGAUUAUAUACAGAUCAAGUAUGUGAUUUGUUCUUAUAAA